AUGGCCUCAGCCACGGCUUCUCUGCAGCUGCGUCAGACUGUGGCGACAGGAGUGGUGGCUGUUGCAGGGCCUGCUGUCCCCACGGAGCCCAGUCUUUCUUGCCGCUACAACCUGGUCACCAUUUUGCCCCGAAAGUAUGUAAUUCUACAGAACGAGAGCCCACAUGCUGGGGAUGGAGGCGUCUUUAUCACGGCUGUGGGGAAGAAUGGCCAUUUCAGCACAGAGAUGCACACAAAGGAACAACUGGCUAAAUGCCAGUUGCGGGCCGUUCACUGGCUGUGCUACUUCUAUAGCACUGUCAUGCCCAGCGAGGCCCAGUGUGUCAUCUACCAUGAGCUCCAGCUCUCCCUGGCCCGCAAGGUGGCCGACAAGGUGCUGGAGGGGCAGCUCCUGGAGACCAUCAGUCAACUCUACCUGUCCCUGGGCAACAAGCGGGCCUGCAGAUCCGCUCUGGACUACACCAAAGGAAGUCUGGGGAUUUUCAUUGACCUUCAGAAGGAAGAGAAGGAGGCGCAUGCCUGGCUGCAAGCAGGGAAGAUCUAUUACAUCCUGCAGCAGAGUGAGCUGGUGGACCUGUACAUCCAGGUGGCACAGAAUGUGGUCCUGUACACAGGCGACCCCAGCCUGGGGCUGGAGCUGUUUGAGGCAGCUGGAGACAUCUUCUUCAAUGGGGCCUGGGAGCGGGAGAAAGCCGUGUCCUUCUACGGGGACCGGGUCCUGGCCCUGGCCCUGGCAGUGACUAUGGGCAACUGCAAGGCGGAGCUGCAGCUACAGCUGUGCAAAAAGCUGGUGGCACUCCUGUCCACCCUGGAGGAGCCCCAGGAGGACUUGGAGUUUGCCUACAUGGCCCUAGCACUCAGCAUCACUCUGGGGGACCGGCUGAACGAGCACGUGGCCUACCACCGGCUGGCCGCCCUGCACCAUCAGCUGGGCCAGGGCAAGCUGGCAGAGCAGUUCUACCUCAAGGCCCUGUAGCUCUGCAACUCGCCACUGGAGUUCGACGAGGAGACCCUCUACUACGUGAAGAAGGUGUACCUGGUGCUCGGUGACAUCAUCUUCUAUGACCUGAAGGACCCGUUUGAGUACUACCAGCUGGCACUGGCAGCCGCCGUGGACCUGGGCAACAAGAAGGCACAGCUGAAGAUCUACACGCGGCCGGCCACCGUCUCCCACAACUUCCUCCUGGACCGUGAGAAGUCGCUCCUCUUCUACCAGAAGGCCAGGACCUUCGCCACAGAGCUCAACGUCCGCAGGGUCAACCUGCCUCCUCUGCCACUCUGCGGGUGGGCCCCCUGGUUGGCCCCCAGCCACCCUCGCUGAGGACAGCAUCCGAGGGAGUGGGUUUUGUGCAAGGAGGAUGGUCUCCUCCCUCUCCUGGUGUCUCCCGUGGCUCAUUUUCUGGGAAAUGGGGCAUGAAAGCAGGGUUCAAAUAGCAAUAAAUUUUUCUUUGCAAUAACA